AUGGUGCUGGUCCUUUUUGAGACAGCCGUAGGCUUCUGCCUGUUUUCUCUGUCAGAUGAGGCCAAGCUCAGCUCGCCUGAUCUGUACAAGCACUUUGAGAGCGAGGCGAAGGCCAGCCGACUCCUUCAGCUUCAAGCGAUUCACCGGUUCCAAAGCACGGUCGAAGCUGUGGAAGGUGCUACCGCUGUGAAUGAGGGCAAAAUCAGCAAGGGUCUGAAGCGAUUUCUUACAGAAGAAGUUGUUGAGAAAGGCGGGAAGAAGGGCGCUUCGGUGGAGCGCCUCGUCGUCUCGGAGCCGAAGCUUGCGUCGGCCAUCAACAAGAAGCUCGGCAUCCAGGUUACGUCGGAGUCGAGUCUUAUGGAUCUGUACCGCGGUAUCCGUGAGAAUCUUGCAGCGCUGCUGUCUGCUGGGUCACCCGAGGCUGGCGCUCUGGACCCGCGUGACCUCAACACCAUGAGCCUCGGUCUCUCUCACAGUCUGAGCCGUUACAAGCUCAAGUUUAGCCCUGAUAAGGUGGAUACCAUGGUUGUCCAGGCCAUUGCCCUGCUUGACGAUCUCGACAAGGAACUUAAUAUCUAUGCUAUGCGUGUCAAGGAAUGGUAUGGAUGGCACUUCCCGGAGAUGGGCAAGAUCCUUACUGAUAACAUUGCCUAUGCGAAGGUGGUGCGUGCUGUCGGCUUCCGUACCAAUGCGUCGGCAUGCGAUCUCUCGGAGAUCCUCCCGGAAGAGAUUGAGCAGACGCUCAAGGCCGCGGCCGAGAUCUCGAUGGGUACUGAAAUUAGUGAGUCGGAUAUGGAGCACAUCUGGAGUCUGUGUGACCAAGUAAUCUCCAUUAGCGAGUACCGCGCGCAGCUUUACUCGUACCUGUGCAACCGUAUGAGCGCGAUUGCGCCGAACCUUACUGCGCUCGUUGGCGAGCUGGUAGGCGCGCGUUUGAUCUCGCAUGCUGGCUCGCUCAUGAACCUGGCCAAGCAGCCUGCUAGCACCAUCCAGAUUCUCGGUGCGGAGAAGGCUUUGUUCCGUGCAUUGAAGACCAAGCACGACACGCCCAAGUAUGGUCUGCUGUACCAUUCGAGUCUGGUGGGUAUGGCGCCGCCGAAGAUGAAGGGUAAGAUGGCGCGUAUGGUGGCGACCAAGACGGCGCUGUCGGUGCGUCUGGAUGCGCUGGCAGAUGCCGAUUCCAAGUCUGACUUGUCUGCUCCGACGAUUGGCUCGGAAGCACGUACCAAGCUGGAGGCUCGCGCGCGUGGAUUGGAGCAGCGUGCGACACUGUCGGGUCUGCGUGCCAGCCGCGGUGCUGAUAGCGGCUACAAGCAGCAGAGCUUCACGAUGGAGGCCGCUGGCCGUAGCUACAAUGCUGGUGCGGACGCGCCCCCUGUGGUAACGGGUGUGGCUGACGAGGAAGACGAGGAGGAAGAAGACGAGGACGAGUCCGACGUGGAGGACAAGAAGAAGGCGAAGAAGGCGAAGAAGGAAAAGAAGGAGAAGAAGGAGAAGAAAGACAAGAAAGAGAAGAAAGAGAAGAAGGACAAGAAGCGGUCUGCGUCCGACGAGGGCGACGAUGGCGAGUCCAAGAAGAAGAAGAAGAAAAAGUCCAGCGAGUAG